AUGCCUCCACCAAUUACACCAUCCCCCCAUCGAUUCGUGAUUAAAAGACAAUCCGGCCCUUCAGCUCCCCAUCCACCUCCACGAUCGCAACUCGCACAAGAAUCAACUCCCCGUCCAUCAAACACGCAACAAUUCAAUACCACUCCUCGUUUUACAUUUUCCUCCACUCCAAAACCCAAUGCUACGCAAAGUACAGGUAUACCAUCAUCCACACCCGCGGGACGAUACUUAACCCCCGCUCGAAAAAGUACAAAAGCGAAAGAGAAUAUCGAUGAUCCUUCAGAUGAUUACCCCGCGCAUCUUCCUCUUCACGAUUCUAUAGAUACAAACGAUGAUUUCGAUACCGCUCUUGGGUAUUCUACCGAAGAUGAAGACGAAGAUGUAGACAUAAAAGACUAUGAAAUAAAUCCCCGAUCAUCCAAACGGCGACGAAUUUCUGUUUCUCCAGAUAUCACCCUGGAAGAAAAUGAAGAUUUAUUAUCUUCUUCUCUACCUAUAAUUUCUUCGCCGAUUUCUCAUCGUCCUACUCAAAUCUCAUCCACAGGCGGCAAACCUAAAUUUCUUCUCUCGACUCCUGUACCAUCUACACCUCAAUGUAUUGCUCCGACGACUUUUCUCAAACCGCCUCGAUUUCGUCCGCCUGAUCCUGCGGAGUCACAGGGAAGUGGAGAUCCUUUGCCCGAACAGUUCUCUCCGCAUCGAAAAGGGAGACAAUAUUUAGCUGGGGGAUUGGCGGCGGAAGUGAGGGAUUGGCUGAUUAAUAUUGAUUCUGGGAUUGGUGGUGUGCAGAAAGGGAAAGAGAGAAAUGGAGAAUGGGUGACGAGGAUAAAGAUAGAAGAGGUGAGGAGGGAUGGAAGGGAAAUGUGUUUAGUAAGGGGUAGACAGGUGCGAGAUGUGAUUGGAGAAGAGGCUAUAGAUAGUUUGGGGGAAGUUAAGGUUAUGUUGGCUGGUGAGGGAAUGGGCAUAGGGUUGCAGAGGGGAAUGGAUGUGGAUGUUGGGAGGAUAGUGGGUAUUAAGGGCCCGGUUUGGGAGAUUGUGGUCGAUGGGGUUAAAUGGGGUGUUGGGGUGGAGUGGAAGGUAUUAGGAUGA